AUGCCCAAUGGCGGCAAUCCCAAGGAAAUCGACGUCAACGCGCCCUACGUCGGCCUCGAGUGGGAAUAUGUCUACCAAGUGCUCAUGGGUUGCUUGGUCUUUCUCAUUGUGCCCGGGAUCGGUCUGCUGUAUGGCGGCAUGUCGCGCCGAAAGUCAGCGCUUGCCAUGAUCUUUCAGUCGAUGACGGUCAUGGCAGUCUGCACGUUCCAAUGGGCGUUUUGGGGCUUCACCCUUGCAUUCUCUCGCAACGGCGGCCCUUUCAUUGGCGACAUGACCAAUUUCGGAUUGAUGGAUGUGAUGGCUGCGCCGUCGUGGGGAUCCGCGGUGAUCCCUGACAUCGUCUUCUGUUUCUACGAGUUGAUGUUUUGCGCCUGUGCCACCAUGAUCGUGGUCGGCGGAUCCUUCGAACGAGGUCGCAUCAUCCCCUCCAUCAUCUUUGGCUUCUGCUGGGCAACGAUCUGCUACUGCCCAAUCGCCUACUGGACCUGGAAUGCCAAUGGCUGGCUGUUCACCUUGCCCGCUCUUGAUUUCGCCGGUGGUGGCCCGGUCCACAUCUCUAGCGGGACAGCAGCGCUGGCGUAUGCGCUCGUGUUGGGCAAGCGAAGCCGUUAUGGCGAAAAGCACAUCUAUAAGCCGCAUAACGUCACCGUCGUCUUCCUCGGGACAUCCCUGAUCUGGUUUGGCUGGUUCGGGUUCAACGGCGGUUCGGCUCUGAAUGCCAGCAUUCGUGCCAUGAUGGCGGUGUGGAACACCAACAUGGCAGCGUCCACUGGUGUCGCCGGUUGGGUGAUGAUGGACUACAUUAAGCACCGCAAGUUCUCGGUCAUUGGCGCUUGCGAGGGUGCUAUUGCCGGUCUGGUCGGCAUCACGCCUGCGGCUGGCUAUGUCUCGGUGUGGUGCGGAGCCGCCAUUGGCUUCAUCACGGCCAUCGUCGUCAACCUCUUUGAGAAUGUGAACGAGUGGAUUGGGAUUGACGAUGGACUCGAGGUCUUUAAGCUUCACGGUAUCGGUGGUAUGGUUGGUGCCUUCCUGACCGGUAUCUUCGCGAGUGCGUCCGUGUCCUCUCUCGAUGGUGUCACGCUUGCCCCCGGUGGCAUUGACGGCGUGGGCAGCCAGAUUGCGCGUCAGUUGGCCGAGAUCGCUGCCAUUGCAAGCUGGUCUUUCACUCUGUCGCUUAUCAUGCUCCUGAUCCUCAAAUACAUCCCCGGCCUGCACUUGCGCAUCACGGACGAGGCCGAGAUGAUCGGAGUCGACCUUGAUCAGUUCUCCGAUGAGGCUGUUGGCGACUGGUCAGUCUAUGCGGACGAGGCCACCGGUCGUCAGGUUUCCAUCACUCAAGGCGUCCAUCCGCCAACCACGGGGGAGGUGUCAUCUCCCUCCUCUGGAUCUGCUACAGAAGAAAAUGUGGAGCCCAAGACCCAACCGAAGUAG